UCUGUCCAUGUUACUUGCCUCCCUCUCCUUGGUCCACCCCGAUAUCGUCCUCCCUCUCCUCUUCCUCCCUCGAUCGAGAGCUGUUGCAUCCAACCGAAGAUGAACGACGCCGAUGUCUCCAAGCAGAUCCAGCAGAUGGUGCGGUUCAUCCACCAGGAGGCCGAGGAGAAGGCCAACGAGAUCUCCGUCGCUGCUGAGGAGGAAUUCAAUAUCGAAAAAUUGCAACUUUUUGAGGCUGAAAAGAAGAAGAUCAGGCAAGAAUAUGAAAGGAAGGAGAAGCAAGUAGAAAUUCGAAAGAAAAUUGAGUACUCCAUGCAGCUGAAUGCUUCUCGUAUAAAAGUUCUUCAAGCACAGGAUGACUUUGUUAACUCCAUGAAAGAGGCUGCUGCAAAGGAGCUCCUGCUUGUCAGCAAUAACCAUCAAUCUUACGAAAAGCUUCUGAAAGACCUAAUUGUCCAGAGUUUGCUAAGAUUGAAAGAGCCAACUGUUCUGUUGCGUUGUCGCAAAGACGAUCAUCAUCUUGUGGAAUCGGUUUUGAAUCCAGCGAAGGAAGAAUAUGCAAAGAAAGCAAAUGCUCGUGCUCCCGAUAUUGUCAUUGACAAUAAAAUUUUCUUGCCACCACCUCCUGCUCAUGCUAAUGCUCAUGGCCCCUAUUGCUCUGGAGGUGUUGUUUUGGCAUCUAUAGAUGGGAAAAUUGUCUGUGAGAACACACUUGAUGCCAGACUCGAUGUCGUCUUCCGGAAGAAACUUCCAGAGAUCAGGAGGCUCCUUUUUGCCCAGGUUGUCGCUUGAUCAAUCGACAGAAUUUGGUAAUAAGAAACGUUUGUUUCGGGCCUUUAGGCCAUAAAUGAUGGCUCAUCAUCCAUCAAUUAUUGUUUCAUUCAUCUGGUUCUAUGCAGAAGUAUUUUAUCUUGGAAUACGUAGUCGCUAGCUUUGUUUCGAAAUUUGUUAUCUGGAUUUGUAUUUGCUACUAGUGAUCACCAAACCUACAGUUUUGGAGAUUCUGCAUUAUACACUAUUUUAGAAAUUGAUCCCAAUAAAUGGAUUGUUGAGGUGGUGACAUAUUUACAUUA